AUGAAGAAGACAGUCAGGGUGCUGGUGGUGGACAAGGGCUUUGGGCGAGGCCGCGCGCUGGUGCAGGCUCUGGGCGAAGGGUGGGAGGUGGCCGUGGUGGUCGUGCCCGAGCCUGCCGACGCCCUCGAAGCCGGCGUCGCAGACCUGCGCCCCGCCCUUGCCUCUCGCGGGGGCAAGCUCGCUGCGGCUGUCCUGCGGCGAGGACUCUGGAAGGGACCCACCCUCCUCGUGUCCGCCAUGAGCACGACCGAGUGCUGUUCCGUGCAAGGCGUGCCGAUCGUGCUGGCCCACGGGACGCGCGAUGGCACCAACCCGAUCCACCGCGUCCGCGAUGACGUACAGCUCGGCACCAAGGGUCUGUUGGUGUUGCACGAAUUCGACGAUGACCACCAUCUGGGCUCCAUCGAGCUGGGCGACACGUUCCGACAACUCCUCGAAGAAGUCUACGCUCUUCAGUUCAAGGUUGCCGAGUGCGUGGCUGCUGAUGAUCGCGCGGGAACCAAGGAGUCCUCAGCUGGCGGUGGCCGGAUGGCUCUCUUCGAGCAAAUCACCGCCCGACGGAAGAACAACUGCUGA